AAAAGCGGUCACUUUCGUCGUCACGAACAUAACGAGCGUAGCCCUCUCUGCUGCUGCCGCUGCUGCCACCGCUGCCGCCAUUGACGCCACAACCGCUACUGGUUCUGUUGCUGCGGACACUGCUGCUGCUGCUGCCGCCCGGGUCAGUGCUCAGGUGAUGCUGCAGCCGCUGCUGCAAACCAGGAGCCCGUGGACGAGGCCAGUGGCACCGAUGGCAACGCUGCUCAUGUUACUCCUGAUGACGAUGCUGAGCCUGUUGGCGGGUCCAGCAGCGGCGACUGCCGUUGUCACUCACCCCCGCGACGACAGCCGCCACCGACCCCCUCCGCUAGCCUCUAUCACCAUCCCUAUCCGGCCGCCGACGCUGCCGCUGGUGCCGACUGUCCGACUGGGCCCGGGCGCCGCCGCGGACAUUGUGAUGGAGCCGGCGGAGCUGAGGCUCUCGCUGGAUGCUGCUGCGCUCGGUGCCGUCGCCUUUGCCGCCGCCGCCAACGGCACCAACAGUGCCGGCGGCGGCGGGUCCGGCCGCAGCCUCGAGGUGACCUUCACCACCCCGCGCUACCUGGUUCCGGGCGGCAGCUGCCCCGACAGCCUGCAGCCGCCCGCCAUCAUCCUGGACGCCGUGUGCGACACCUUUGGCCUGCGUGUGCACAACGACCUGCCGUUCCAGGGCGUCAUUACCUGCCCCGCAGUGCCAGGCGUGAACGCCCCCCAAUUCGUGAACGGCCCCCACGAUCUGGAGUGGACCAACAUCCACACACACGGCCUCAAGGUGGACCCGGGCGCCGUGAGCCUGGACAACAUCUGUGAGCCCGGCCAGCCCACUGCCGGCUUCCCCAACGGCGCCACACCCAGCCUGUCCGACUACUACUGCAAUGGAAACGUGUCUUCGAACCAGAUCUGCAAGCUGUUUGGCGACAAUGUGCUGGCCAACGGCCGGCCGCUGGCGGGCGGCGCCACGCAGCACGACUACGCCUACCCGGGCGUGGCCCCGGGCGGCGCGGUUCUGAGCUACACCUACCCGCUGGGACCCGUGGUUCCUGGUGUCGGCUGGUACCACCCGCACCAGCACGGCUCCGUGGGCAUCCAGACGCCCACCGCUGCCGCCCCCCUCAUCGUGCCCGAGUCCUGGCUGCCGGGCGGCCUGUCCGAGCUGUACCAGCCCGCACGCGACAGCACCCGGGCAGAGUGCAGCCGGCUUACGGAUAUCCUGCGGUCCCAGCCGCUUGAGACCAGCACCAGGCUACAGUUCAACGGGCUGUGGUUCCGCAAGACGCCGGACGGCGGCCUGGAUGACGACACAAUCCCGUUCCUCGGCCUGGCCCCUGGUGGUGAGUUCGUGAGCCCGCUGCUGUACGACGUGCUCCCCAACGGCACCGCCGUGCCGCGCUUCACCAACACCGCCGGCCGCGACUGGGGCCUGGUCAACGGCGCCUUCCAGCCCACCAUCAGCAUCACAGAGAAGACCUACGCGCGCUGGCAGCUGCUGAACACCAUGACCAUGAAGUGGCUGGACCUCACCAUCCAGCAGGUUGAUGAGAAGGACGGCAGCCUGAAGCCGGCUGACUGCGAUUUCUUCCUAUUGGCUCGGGACGGAGUGCCGCUGCCGGUCAUCCCACGCAAGCUGCGCUCCAACCCGACUCCGCCGGCAGGCGGCAGGCGCCCAUGCAGCCCGCCCCGGGAUGAGCGGCGCGGCUAUGGCCCGCAUCACAGCCGCAGGCUGAGCACCCGUGACGGGCAUGACGAUGGCCAUGACGGGCACGAUGAUGAUGAUGGCCACGGCGACGGCCACGAGCGUGGGGCCGUGAGCGACCUCAUCCUGGGUCCUGCCAACCGCGCUGACGUGUUGCUCAAAUGCAAUAAGCCCGGAACCUACGUGCUGGCCUCGGGCGCAGGGCCUUUCCACACCAACUUCAACGCCUGCAAGGCCACGCACUGCGAGUGCUUUGGUGACCCACCCGCAAACGGCGCCACCGCCCUCCCCGCCAACAACCUGUACGGCGGCAGGGAGCUCAGCGCCGCCGUACUGGCAGUUGUUGAGGUCAAGCGACGCUUCCGGGGCGUACCCCCACAGCCCGACUUCCAAGAUGGCGUGUGCCGCAGCCAGCUGCAGAAGUUCCCCUACUUGGACUACGCCGCCUUCCCUCAGCCGCCCGUGGAGCAGUGCUUCAGCUUCAUGAACGAGAUGGGAGGCGGCUUCUGCUCCAUCAACUCUCAGCUGUUCCCCACCGCAACCGCUUUCGUGCAGCAAGGCACGCAGCAGGUCUGGACGCUGCGUGACAUCACCUUUCACCCCUUCCACCUGCACGAGACGCCCGUGCGUUUCGCCCGACUGCCCGCCUGCGCCACCAGCGUCACAAACAACUGGGCGGUGGGCGACUGGCUGGACUCCAUCCUGCUGCCCGUGUGCCAGACCGGCUGCCCAUGGCCGGAUGCGGGCAGUGGCGGCGGGCUGUGCGGCUCACCCGUCAAUGUGUGCGAUGAGAUGGAGGUCCAAUGGCUGGCCAGCAUGUUCAAUAUGCCCUCCGUGCCCGGGCGCCCUGAUCUGUGCGAUGAGAAGGCAGCCGCUGGCGCCGGCGCCCGCCCGCGCCCGCGCCCGCCGCCGCCCACCUGCGAGCAGCGCUUCUCGGUCUUCCACUGCCACAUCCUGCCCCACGAAGACGAAGGAUGCAUCUGGCCCGUCAACUGCCACCGCUGGCAUGAGGCCCGACAAGACGACGCGCCGCAGCCUGCGCAGCUGGCGUCCGUAGCAAGCCCUGCAGCUGCUGGCGGCAGUAGCAAUGCGUCACUACCGUAAUGUCAAUGCCGGUAGUCGAUGUGGCUGGCUAGAUGGUGCCGCCAGCUGUCACUGCACUGCACUGCGGAAGGGACAAACCCGCAAUGAUUUUGUUAAACCUGUGGUCCAACACCUGGCUGUGGUUAAACCUGUGGUCCAACACCUGGCUGGCUAAAUGGUGAUUAGCUGGUGUGAAUGGUUGUGCUUGAUCAAAAUUUGGGCGCAUGGAUCUGGGGCAAAAGUUCUACGGCGGCGUGUGAAAGAUAGAUA